AAAUCACGUCCCCGAGAGAAGGAAAAUGGCGGGAAACGUGUCUUCUCGACCUUGACCUUCUCGUUCCCCAGCUGAGCUAACGCCGUGGAGCCCCGAGUUCGCUCGCUCGCUCGCUCGCUCGAGCCGUCGCCUUCUUGUGUGGACUUGGCAUCGUCGCCUCCUUCUCUCGCUCCGUCGUUACAGCGGAUGCGAACCCGCCAUUGCCAAUGGCAACCGGCGGAUGCCAAGCCCUAGCUUAGCUCUGCACGCCUCGCGCGCUCCGUUUGGACUCCGGUUCUCUCCCGCUCGGAUCUCGAAAGGACCUCGUCGCGGUUCGCUAGUCCUGCUCGCGCCGAUUGAAGAAUUCGUCUUCGGAUCGGUUCCGAUGGAGGCGCGAGGCAGCAGCGAGAGCCCCCCCGACCAACCGAAGAGAGGCAAAUCGAAGACCCCGAGGAAGGCCAAGGACAGCGUUCUCAAGCAGAAAUCUCCGGCGGAGUUUUUUGCGGAGAAUAAGAACAUCGCUGGUUUUGAUAACAACUUACCUGCAGCCUGGGAAAUGCCUCUACACUACUGUGAGAGAGCUUGUCGAGAAUUCACUUGAUUCCGCGGAGUCCAUCUCCGAGCUUCCUGCCGUGGAGAUAACAAUUGAAGAGAUAGGGAAAGUCAAGUUUAACUCUAUGAUUGGUCUUGUUGAUCGAGAACGUGUUGACGAGGAACUUUAUGAUGACUAUGAGACUGCCAAGGCUCGUGAGAAACGAUUAGCUAAGGCAGCUAGAAAUCAGGAAAUUCAAGCAAAGAAUGCUGCCCUCAGGAAGAAAGUCAAGGAGCCUACACCAACAAAAGGAAUGAAGGGCCGAGGAGAGGCUUCAUUUUACAGGGUGACAUGCAAGGACAAUGGAAGAGGAAUGCCACAUGAUGACAUCCCAAAUAUGUUUGGACGAGUUCUGUCUGGAACAAAGUACGGCUUGAGGCAGACACGUGGAAAGUUUGGUCUUGGGGCAAAGAUGGCGCUGAUUUGGUCCAAAAUGAGUACAGGACUUCCUAUAGAUAUCUCCUCGUCAAUGAGAGGCCAAAAUUAUGUGUCAUUCUGCAGGCUGGAUAUUGAUAUUCACCGGAACUUACCUCACAUUCAUAUACAUGAAAAACAGGAGAAAAAGGAAGAGUGGCAUGGGGCUGAAAUUCAAGUUGUGAUUGAGGGAAAUUGGACAACCUAUCGUUCAAAGAUUUUGCAUUAUAUGCGACAAAUGGCUGUGAUUACCCCGUAUGCUCAAUUCGUUUUCAAAUUUGUAUCGGAUACAUCAGAUAAAAGCAUGACUAUAAAAUUUGCCCGGAGGACUGAUGUUAUGCCCCCUGUUCCACUGGAGACGAAGCAUCAUCCAUCAUCUGUUGAUUUGCUCCUUAUUAAACGACUUAUUACAGAAACUUCAAAACAGAACCUUCUGCAGUUUCUUCAGCAUGAAUUUGUAAAUAUCAGCAAAGCACAUGCUGAACGUUUGAUCGGCGAAAUGGGCCCUGAAUUCCAGCCCAAAAUGUUGAUUAAGUCUCUAACAGACCAGCAAAUUGUCCGCAUCCAUCAACUGUUUCGGCAAGCGAAGUUUGAAGAUCCUGUUGGUGAUUGUCUUAGUCCUGCAGGCGAGUAUAAUCUUCGCCUUGGAAUUAUUAAGGAACUGCAUCCAGACAUGGUAGCAACUUAUUCCGGCAGUGCCCAGGUUUUUGAAGGUCACCCGUUUAUUGUAGAAGCUGGUGUCAGUUUAGGUGGAAAAGAUGUCAAACAAGGGUUGAACGUAUUUCGAUUUGCAAACCGGAUCCCACUUCUUUUUGAACAAGGUGCUGAUGUAGUGACCAGAACAGCUCUCAAGAGAAUCAACUGGACUAGUUACAAGAUAAACCAGAUGCAAGAUAAAAUUGGAGUCUUUGUGAGCAUUGUCAGCACAAAAAUCCCCUUCAAGGGGACAGGGAAGGAAUAUAUUGGAGAUGAUAUAACCGAAAUUGCUACUGCUGUUAAGUAUGCCAUUCAGCAAUGCUGCAUCCAGCUUAAAAGUAAAAUAGUAAAGAAAAUGCAGGCACGUGAGCAACAAGAGAGAAAAAGAAACUUGAGCAAGUACGUCCCUAAUGCUGCUGGAGCAGUGUAUGAUGUUCUGAAAGAAAUGGCACAAUCUCAUGCUUUAAAGAGGAAACGCUACGAGGAUGAGGAUGCCGAUUUGCUGGACAAAGUAUCAGCUCGUUUAAUUACAAAAGAUAUGCUUACGGAAAAACUAUCUCAACAUGUUGAAAAGGUGGAUUAUGAAAUGGCUUUGGAGUUUGCCACGCAGAGAGGAGUUAGUGAGGAGCCCAGAGAAGCUAUCUAUAUACAAUCUUUAGACGCCAAAAGUGACUUCAUUGAGUUCAGCAAUUCAAUCUUCUGCUUCAGGCUGAUCCGGAUGAUGUGGUCAAAGACCCAUCAAGACAUGUCUAGGUUAGGUUGGGUGAUGACUUACAAGAUGCGGCCACGAAAUUCAUUCUGCGAUUUGAUAUCAUGCUUUUCGUUUCAUGCCAGUUUUAUCAAUGCCUCAUCUUUUCUUCUUCGUGUCUUGUUGGGGAUUCUAGAUGUGGGUUUAGUUGGUGAGAUGGUGCCUGAGAUUUCAACUUUGCCUUGGCAAUCAGUCGCGAUAGAAAUUUUGCAUAUGAUGCUGGAAAUAGUUCGAUUUUUUGUUACGCUUCAUUAUGAAUUAGCGAAAGCAACAUCUGCUUGCCUGUUCUAGAUGUGAAUGAGUCGAAUUAUACUUAUUUAUCCCUCGGCCUAUGAGUGAACUCUCUCUAGGGAUUGCAAAAGAUGUUCCACUCAAAAGAUUCUUGCGACUGCUUUGACUCAUUUUCCCCAAAAAAAUGGAUCACGCUGUAAUAGCUCCGUUUACUGAGAGAAUGAUUGAUGAUGUGUGGAUUGGAGAGAAAGUAGAGAGGAAAGAGGGUGAGCUCCUGAACAACUAUUCACCUAACGCCUAUAACUCCCCAUUACUUCGUCAACUGCCCAUUUUGUUUGAAAGCAGGAGCACAAUUUGCAUGUUCCCAUCGAACUCCCCACCUAUCCCUGAUUUCAUGAACACAGCCCACGUCACACGUUACUUUCAGCAUUUGUGCCCAGAAAGCAAUUGAUCUCUAAAAAGUGAUCUAUUUCGGUGGAGAAGGAGAUUGAAAUAAAGGCCGUGGGGGGAAAAAGUGCCAGCGUUCGCCAUCUUUGUCGACACCGUUGCCCGGCGGUCUUCGUCCGAUCAGGUCUCAAGCGCCAAAACAGUCUUAGCUGUGGCUAGUUAUUGUCCAAGUUGUCUCAUUGGGCUUGAGAAUGACGCCUACUAUAAAGAAAACUCGAAAGUGAUCUUGACCGGUUUAAUUAUGUACAUUUGAUCUCA